AUGGCCGGCGCCGGCGCCGGAGCAGCUGCGAGCCAACCCUCCCGGCGGACAGCGGAUUUCCAUCCCAGCGUAUGGAGAGAUUUCUUCAUCACCCAUGUCCCCCAACCUGAUGAGGUGAUUACGGCCUGGAACGAACGGAUCGAAGUGUUGAAGUCCAACGUGAGGAGCACGUUGUUAGCCCCGGGGACGGCGCUGUCGGAAAGGCUGAGUCGAAUCGACACGAUCGAGCGGCUGGGAAUCGGGUACCACUUCGAGGGAGAAAUCGAAGGAGUCUUUGGAGAAAUCUACGACCAAUAUUAUCGUCGCAACGACGAUCUCAACACCGUUGCGCUCCGUUUCAGACUGCUCAGACAACAUAAUUAUGCUGUUUCGAGUGAUGUAUUCAAGCAAUUCAAGAAGGAUGGAGGAAGAGGAGAGUUUAAGAAGGAAAUAAUAGCGAGUGAUAUCAAAGGCAUGUUGAAUUUGUAUGAAGCUGCAUACUUGAGAACGGAAGAGGAUGCUAUAUUAGACGAAGCAAUCGAGUUCACAAAACUUCACCUCAUGAACGCCGCCGAAUUGGAAUCCCCUAUGGCUGAACUAGUGGCGCAUUCUCUGGAAAUGCCGCUGAGGAAAGGCGUCAAAAGGGUCGAACACCUGUUCUUCAUACCCAUGUACGAGAAAUUCCACGGCCACGACGUAGCUCUCCUCGAGCUGGCCAAGCUGAGCUUCAAUGUGGUGCAAGACUUGUACCAAAAGGAGCUCAAAGUCCUCACCGAGUGGUGGGUCGGGUUGGAUUUGCCGAGGAAGCUGCCUUAUGCUCGGGACAAGCUGGUCGAGAUAUUCUUUUGGGCUAUGGCAAGCGCGUGGGAACCCAAAUUCGCCCUAGCUAGGUACUUCUACACCAAGGUCAUCUCGAUCGGGUCGAUGUACGACGACACGUACGAUGCCUACGGCUACGUGGAAGAACUCGAACUGUUCACGACCGCCACUGAAAAAUCGAACAGGUGGGAUCCAAACGUGAAAGAUCUGAACAACUGCAUGAAAACCCUAUUUGAUGCUAUCAUCGGGGUGUACGAGGAAAUCGACACGGUGACAUCAAGGGAUGGAAUGCCCUACUGUUUGGAGUUUGGAAAACAGGCGCUGAAGUUUGUGACAAGGAUGUACAUGGAAGAAGCACGAUGGUUCUACCAAGAUCAUGUGCCGAGCUUAGAGGAAUACAGGCAGGUUUCUUCACUCAGCACCAUCUACCAGUGGAUAGCGUACGCCACCAUGUGCGGUCUCGGCCGGCAGUCUGCGCCAAAGGAAGCCUUCGAUUGGCUGUUCAGCUUGCCCAAAAUGUUGGUAGUUUCGUCGGACCACUGUCGUCUCCGAGACGACAUGGUCUCCCACGAGUUCGAGCAGAAAAGGGGGCAUGCUGCAUCGUCGAUACAGUGUUACAUGAAGGAACACGGCGUGGGGAAAGAAGAGGCGAUGACUGCUGUAAGGGGAAUUGCAGAGGAUGACUGGAAGAUCAUGAACGGAGAGAUACUGCGACUGCUCAAUCCGCCAACAGGUCGUGAUGAUGUUGCUGCUGCCGCUGCAGUAGUACCUAACCAUGACGUUCUGCAGAUACUUGUCGGCCUUGCCAAUGUGAUGGAGACUCUUUACAAGGAGUUCGACGGUUACACGAAUUCCGACACCAGCACCAAGGACAUGCUUAUGGCUCUCUUCGUCACACCCUUCCCAGUUUGA